AUGACCCGCUUCCCCUCGCUCUGUCAGGCAUUUCUUCACCGGAUCCGCCAGAAUGCUGUGGACAAAGCUGAGAAGUACAUAACAGAGGAGAAUGUUAAGAUCUUAUUUUCUAACAUUGAAGACAUUCUUGGUGUUCACAAGGAGUUCCUGGCUGCCCUGGAAUUUUGUUUACAACCAGAACCUCAGUCUCAGCAUGAACUGGGAAAUGUUUUCUUAAAAUUUAAAGACAAAUUCUUUGUGUACGAGGAGUACUGCAGCAACCACGAGAAAGCACUCAGACUGCUGAUGGAAUUGAACAAGAUCCCAACAGUGAGAACAUUCCUGCUGGGUUGUAUGCUUUUGGGAGGCAGAAAGACGACAGACAUUCCACUGGAGGGUUAUCUGCUGACUCCAAUUCAGAGAAUUUGCAAAUAUCCACUUCUGCUUAAGGAAUUAGCUAAGAGGACUCCCUCUAAGCAUCCUGAUCACCCAGCUGUCCAGAAUGCUCUGCAGGCCAUGAAGACAGUCUGCACAAAUAUCAACGAGACCAAGAGACAGAUGGAGAAACUGGAAGCCCUCGAACAGUUGCAGUCCCACAUUGAAGGAUGGGAGGGGUCAAAUCUGACCGAUAUCUGCACGCAGCUCUUGCUGCAAGGGACUUUGUUAAAAAUCUCAGCAGGGAACAUCCAGGAGAGAAUGUUCUUUCUGUUUGAUAAUCUACUGGUCUAUUGCAAGAGGAAAUCCAGAGUUACUGGGAAAAAAACAUCUAAAAGGACAAAGUCAAUCAACGGGUCCCUUUAUAUCUUCAGGGGCCGAAUAAAUACGGAAGUCAUGGAAGUAGAGAAUGUGGAGGAUGGAACAGCAGAUUAUCACAGCAACGGCUACACGGUGACCAACGGCUGGAAGAUUCACAACACAGCCAAAAACAAGUGGUUUGUCUGCAUGGCCAAGACUGCAGAAGACAAACAGAAAUGGCUGGAUGCCAUCAUCAAGGAAAGGGAGCAGAGAGAGAGUUUGAAACUGGGAAUGGAGAGGGAUGCAUAUGUCAUGAUUGCAGAGAAGGGAGAGAAGCUGUACCAAAUGAUGAUGAGCAAGAAAGUGAACCUUAUCAAAGACAGGAGGAGAAAAUUAAGUACUGUUCCCAAGUGCUUUCUUGGCAACGAGUUUGUGUCCUGGCUCACGGAGAUUGGAGAGAUAAGCAAACCAGAGGAAGGGGUCAACCUGGGACAGGCACUGCUGGAAAAUGGAAUCAUUCAUCAUGUUUCAGACAAGCACCAGUUCAAGAACGAGCAGGUGAUGUACAGAUUUCGCUACGACGAUGGAACGUACAAGCCAAGAAGUGAAUUGGAAGACAUCAUGUCCAAGGGGGUGAGGCUCUACUGCCGCCUGCACUGCCUCUACACUCCAGUGGUGAAAGACCGUGACUACCACCUAAAGACCUACAAAUCAGUAAUCCCUGCAAGUAAACUGGUGGACUGGCUUAUUGCACAGGGAGACUGUCAGACUCGGGAGGAAGCUGUGGCUCUGGGUGUGGGACUCUGCAAUAACGGCUUCAUGCAUCAUGUCCUGGAGAAAAGUGAAUUUAAGGAUGAAUCCUUAUAUUUCCGCUUUUAUGCUGAUGAGGAGAUGGAGGGCACCAGUUCCAAGGGCAAACAAUUACGUAAUGACUUCAAGCUCGUGGAAAACAUCCUGGGAAAGAAUCUUCUGAUUUUACCAGAAGAGGAUGACUAUGGGUUUGACAUAGAGGAGAAGAACAAAGCCGUGGUGGUGAAGUCGGUUCGACGAGGCUCCUCUGCCGAGAUGGCUGGCCUGCAGGCGGGAAGGAAAAUCUAUUCCAUCAAUGAGGAUUUAGUAUUCCUGCGACCGUUUUCUGAAGUGGAAACCAUCCUAACCCAGUCCUUCUGCUCACGGAGGCCACUCAGGCUUCUGGUAGCCACCAAGUCAAAAGAGAUUAUUAAAAUCCCAGACUGUCCUGAAACACUUUGCUUUCAGAUCCGGGGAGCAGCACCACCGUAUGUUCAUGCUGUAGGAAGAGGGUCUGAGGCUGCAGCUGUAGGCCUUCAUCCAGGGCAGUGUAUACUGAAAGUUAAUGGGAAUAAUGCAACACAUGGAAAUUAUACGGAAGUUCUGGAGCAUUUCACAGCCUACAGGACCAGACAACAGGAAGCACUGGGGUUGUACCAGUGGGUGUACAGAACACAUGAAGAUGCUGAAGAGGACAGAGUUCAGCAAGCAGCAGCCCCUGCAUAUGUGAAUGGCAGCCACCCUGGCUCCACCAAAGACCACCCUGCACUAGAAGGAGAUGCAGAAUUGGAUCCUCUUCAGAACAGCCCCCAGGAAUCAGUCCAGACACCACAGACCAUCAGCUCUCCACUGGUCCCUGGGGAAGAAACCCCUCUGAUCAGCCUGACUGUGGAUAACACCCACCUGGAGCACGGGGUGGUGUACGAAUAUGUCAGCAGUGCAGGAAUCAAAUCCUUUGUCCUGGAGAAAAUUGUGGAACCAAAAGGUUGCUUCAAUCUCACUGCAAAGAUUUUAGAGGCCUUUGCUGCAGAGGACAAUCACUUCAUAAAGAAUUGCAAGAGACUGAUAUCCCUGAGCAGUGCUGUGGCCACCAUGCCCCAGUAUGAAUUCCGGCAGAUCUGUGACACUAAGCUGGAAAGCAUCAGCAGGAGGAUCACGAGCUACCAAGAGUUUGCAGAUGAACUGAAAACAAAGGUGAGCCCAGCCUUCAAACAAGCCAUCAUGGAAGCACAUUCCCUGAGCAGCAUGGAUUUCUGCCCCACCAACUGCCACAUUAACCUCAUGGAGGUGUCCUACCCCAAGAACACUACCUCAGCAGGGAGGUCGUUCAGCAUUCGCAUCGGACGGAAACCUUCUAUUAUCGGCCUUGAUCCAGAGCAAGGUACCUUAAAUCCAGUCUCAUAUACUCAACAUUGCAUCACCACUAUGGCUGCACCAUCCUGGAGAUGUCUGACCCCAGAAGAUGGAGAUCCUGAGGGUAGCUUUGGCCAGCAGAAUGGAGGAACAACUCAGGAAGAAAGGGGACUCAGUUUUCUGCUCAAACAGGAAGAUUGGGAGAUGCAGGACUCAUACUUGCAACUUUUUAACAAACUUGACAUCGCAGUGAAGGAAAUGAAGCAAUAUGUCAUUCAGAUAAAUAAACUUCUGUCCACCAUAACAGAACCUACAGAAGGUGGUGCCUGUGAGCCACCAUCUGCUGAGGAGACAUCUCCACCUUCCCUGGGAACAGAGGAGAGUGAUCCUGACAAAGCUGAGCAUGGUGGAAUCAAGAAGGUCUGUUUCAAAGUUUCUGAGGAGGACCAGGAAGACUCUGGACAUGACACAAUGAGUUACAGAGACUCCUACAGUGAAUGUAACAGCAACCGGGACUCGGUGCUGUCCUACACCAGCGUGAGGAGCAACAGCUCCUACCUGGGCAGUGACGAGAUGGGCUCAGGAGAUGAACUUCCUAAUGACAUGAGGAUUCCUUUAGACAAACAAGACAAACUUCAUGGCUGUCUGGAACACCUUUUUAACCAGGUUGAUGCAAUCAAUGCACUUCUAAAAGGACCAGGAAUAACUAAAGCCUUUGAAGAAACCAAGCACUUUCCAAUGGACCACAGUUUGCAAGAAUUUAAGCAGAAGGAAGAAACCACGGUUAGGUGCCGGAAUAACAUUCAAGCCAGCAUUCAGGAAGAUCCAUGGAACCUUCCAGUGCGCAUCAGGAACCUUGUUGAGAUCAUACAGAAACAUGUGGAAGAUGGGAAGAAUCAGCUGCUUUUGGCCUUGUUAAAAUGCACAGAUACUGAGCUACAGCUGAGACGUGAUUCCAUCUUCUCUCAGUCUCUUGUGGCUGCUAUUUGCACCUUUUCAGAGCAGUUACUGGCUGCUCUCAACUAUCGCUACAACAACAACGGGGAGUACGAGGAGAGCAGCAGAGAUGCCAGCAGGAAGUGGCUGGAACAGAUCGCAGCCACCGGAGUUCUGCUGCACUACCAGUCUCUUCUGUCCCCCACCGUGAAGGAGGAGCACACCAUGCUGGAAGACAUCCAGGUCACUCUGGCUGAACUGGACAAAGUUGCCUUCUAUUUCAAGCAGCUGGAUGAAAGUCUCGUAGCAAAUACUCAUGUCUUCUACCACAUUGAAGGAAGUCGUCAGGCCUUGAAGGUUAUCUUUUAUCUUGACAGCUACUACUUCUCCAAACUGCCUGCUCGCUUUCAGAACGGGGGAAGCUUGAAACUGCACACGGUGCUCUUUACAAAAGCUCUAGAGAGUAUGGAGGGGCAAUCACAACCAGCUGGCUCAUCCCUGGAAGAACUCCCACAGCAAAUUAAUGGUAUUUCACUUGAGAAAGUGCAGCAAUACUACAGGAAACUCAGGACAUUUUACCUAGAGAGAUCAAACUUGCCCACUGAUUCCAAUACUACUGCAGUGAAGAUUGACCAGCUCAUUCGCCCUAUCAACGCAAUGGAUGAGCUCUGCAGGCUGAUGAAGUCUUUCAUCAGCACCAAAGCAGCUCAGUCAGGAUGUUCCAGCAGUCCCACAUCAGGAGCUGCCUUGCUGCCUGUGUCCUCUGAGCUCUGUUACCGCCUGGGGGCCUGUCAGAUCACCAUGUGUGGCACUGGGAUGCAGAGGAGUACCCUGAGUGUGUCCCUGGAACAAGCUGCCAUCCUGGCCCGCAGCCACGGCCUCCUGCCCAAGUGCAUCAUGCAGGCCACAGACAUCAUGAGGAAGCAAGGACCAAGGGUUGAAAUCUCUGCCAAGAAUCUGAAAGUGAUGGACCAAAUGCCACAGUGUGCACCUCGGCUCUAUAGGUUGUGUCAGCCACCUACAGACGGGGAUUUAUAGAAGUGGGAGCCGCUGGUGGCAGCACCACGGGAGCAGCCCUGCCCAGGGACCCAUGAACUGCCCCUGCCGGUGCUGCUGUGGCUGGGGGAGAUGGACCUGCUGCCCCAGGCCCCAGGAACCUGCCUUUGAGCUCCUGCAGCACCUGCAGGAUUCUGUGUUUCUUUGACUUCUUGAAGAAAUUCUUGAAACCAACGCCCCGGGGCGGGGAUGGACGUUCUGCCGUUUGCCAGGUGCCUGGAGAGGUGACCCCUGUUCUUCAGGAAAGUGCAGUUUUACUGGAGACUUGUUUGUGCUGCCACCUGAGAGUUGUGGACUUGGGGUUCUGGCUUGGUUCAGGAGGUGCUGGGGGACUCGUGUCUCUCUCCUGCACU